AUAUUUUUGUCUUUUAUGAAUUGUUCUACUGCAAGUUUUGAUUGCUCCUUAGUCAUAGAGACAAUGGUUUCUGCUUUGUUAUCUAAAGUUAUUAUGAUGGUUUUUGGAACUUUAUACCCAGCGUAUCGUUCAUAUAAAGCAGUUAAAAAUAAAGAUGUCAGAGAAUAUGUUAAAUGGAUGAUGUACUGGAUAAUUUUUGCUUUUUUUAUAACUGCUGAAACAUUUGCAGAUGUUUUUAUAUCAUGGUUGCCUUUAUAUUAUGAAGUCAAAAUUGUAUUUAUUAUUUGGCUGCUGUCUCCUGCAACUAAAGGGUCAAGCAUAUUAUAUAGAAAGUUUGUGCAUCCAAGACUUCAAAAACAUGAAAAGGAAAUUGAUCAUUACAUUGCUCGUGCACAGAAAAGUAGUUAUGCAACUUUGGUUGAUGUUGGUAAAAAAGGUUUUAAUGUAGCUACUAACACUUUAAUGAAGACUGCUAUCACAGGUCAGUACCAAAUUUUAGAAUCAAUUCGUCGUUAUAAUAGUAUGCAAGAGCUUGGUGAUGCAGAUCAUACUGAUGCUUCUGAAAGAAAACAAUCAUCACGAUAUAACAAUUAUCAACCUCCAAUUAACAUAAACUACAAUCCUGAAAAUGACAUAGAUAUGUUACAAUCUCAAUAUGAACCUCUUGUUGAUGUACGUGAAGAAGAGAAAAAUCUUCAAAGAGCCGUCCUUCUAAGUCAAUCUGAAAUGAGUUAUUCACAUGAGUCAAUCCAAAAGAAAACUUAUGAUGAAGAACAACUUGCACCACAGAUAAGCAAUGAUUUGUACACAUCAGUCUCAACAACUAGCUACUCUUCUAACACUCUUCCAAGAGUUAGAAAGUCUAAGAAACCAAUUUAUGAAACCAUGCCUACUAAUCGAACUGCUAGUAGACAAAAGCGCGCAGAUAAAAGACAGACUAACUUAUAGUGACUAAUAUACAGAGCAAUUUUCAAUUUGACAAAGAUGAUGGUUACAAUGAUAUUUACAGUUCGUAUAUUGACGUUAAAAGCAACUAUGGGUCUUUUAAAUCAGCGAUGAUAAGAACUGAUAAGUUAUAUUAGCUACUCCUCUCUUGAACUUAUAUAAACGAAGAAACUAUAAGUAUAAACGAACACUUUUUCUUUUACCAUUUUAGUUUAUUUUUUGAAAGUUUCUGCGAUGUAAAAUAUAGCUGUGAUUUUAAGCUACUAUGUGGUAAAUUUUAUUUGUAUAUUUUGGAUAAUUUUUAUGUUUCUUUCAAGAUUUUGGUUAUUUUUUAUACUAAUGUUUGUAACUACGGUUUGGUUUGACCAACUUUUUUUGUUAUAA